UACCACCAGCCAUCAUAUUCAUUGAGUUGCCGUCAACGUCUUUGUCGACAAGGAAAAUGAUAGUAGUCGUGUUGCUCGCUUUUGCUUUUCUUUGCUCUGCUGGACAAAUAAAAGCAGAAGGUCAAGUUGAUCUUGUAAAGGAGGGUCGUCUUUUAGGAGCAUUGCUUGAGGGCAACUUUGUUGGUGAUGGGUGCACAUGUUCAAAAAAUUCAUGCUCUUGUUGCAAGGCUGUCACGUGGCAGUCUAUCACAAAAACAAUAUGUGGUGAUAUUACAUACACCUCUCAGUCAAAACAAUUUUCCAUCGCUCUCAGUGCAGACAAAACACCGUUAAUGAACCUGCAAGUAACAGUUGACAAUCCGAAAGCAUGCAAAGACGUGACUGUGCAAGGCCAUACCGUCAAUGUUUGCGCAGAAAUCGCCAAUAUCAAGACUGAAUCUGCAGACAUCAGUGGCUGCCUAAACUUGGCAGUUACUAUGAUGCAGACAUACAACGUAGACCUCGGCUGCUUCAAGAUGCCUUAUUCCAUGAACGGGAAACUUCUGUUCUGGGGAAACAAUGGAAAAUAAAGGAGGAAAAUUUUAGUAUUGAAACAAAGCUGGGAAGACUUAACCUAAAAUAUAUGCAAGAUUUAUUGGCCACCUCCUUUGUUCGGUUUCCAAAAGCGAUAUGAUAUACAUAAUAGCUGAUUUUUUUUCCUUUCCAUAUUGUCCACAAUGAUAGCGUUGUUUUUACGAAUAACUCUUCUGACUAUAUCUAUGAAAAUAACAUUUCUAAACAAGUUAACUACCCUAUUAUAGUGAAUUUUUGUCAAUAAAAUAUAUUUUUCUUCCUUA